ACGUCCCCCACCAUGACUGAAGCUGUUGGCGACUUCGGCCUCAUCGGCCUGGCUGUCAUGGGCCAGAACUUGAUCCUCAAUGCCGCCGACCAUGGAUUCACAGUCAUAGCAUUCAACCGAACCGUUUCCAAGGUCGACCGAUUCUUGAACGAUGAGGCCAAGGGCAAGUCCAUCGUCGGCGCUCACUCUAUCAAGGAGUUUGUGCAGAAGCUCAAGAAGCCGCGACGUAUGAUGAUGCUCGUCAUGGCCGGUAAGCCCGUCGACGACUUCAUCGAGCUGCUGCUCAACGAGGGCGGCGUCGAGGAGGGCGACAUCAUCAUCGACGGCGGCAACUCCCACUACCCCGACACGAACCGCCGAACGAAAUAUUUGGCGUCUAAGGGCAUCCGCUUCGUCGGCACCGGCGUGUCCGGAGGAGAGGAGGGUGCUCGAUACGGCCCUAGUAUCAUGCCCGGUGGCAACGAGGAGGCGUGGCCAUACAUCAAGGACGUGCUCCAGUCCAUCUCCGCCAAGUCCGAUGGCGAGGCCUGUUGUCAGUGGGUCGGAGAUGAGGGUGCUGGCCACUACGUCAAGAUGGUCCACAACGGUAUCGAAUAUGGUGACAUGCAGCUGAUUUGCGAGGCAUACGACAUCAUGAAGCGCGGCCUUGGCAUGAAGGACAAGGAGAUCGGUGACGUCUUGGCCGAAUGGAACAAGGGCGUCCUGGACUCCUUCCUCAUUGAGAUCACCCGCGACAUCAUGUACAAGAACGACGAAAAGGAUGGUAUGCCGAUCGUAGAGAAGAUCCUUGACUCUGCUGGCCAGAAGGGUACCGGCAAGUGGACCGCCAUCAACGCCCUAGAUCUCGGCAUGCCCGUCACUUUGAUUGGAGAGGCUGUCUUCGCGCGCUGCUUGAGUUCGCUGAAGGCCGAGCGUGGCCGCGCUGCAAAGGUCCUCGAUGGACCGACCCCAAGCUUCUCAGGCGACAGGAAGCAGUUCAUCGACAACCUCGAGCAGGCUCUGUAUGCGUCCAAGAUCAUCUCAUAUGCUCAAGGUUUCAUGCUGAUCCAAAACGCUGCCAAGGAGUACCACUGGAAGUUGAACAAGCCCGAAAUCGCGCUGAUGUGGCGUGGUGGCUGCAUUAUCCGAUCUGUCUUCCUCAAGGACAUCACCAAGGCCUACCGUGCCAACCCCGACCUCGAGAACCUCCUGUUCGACGACUUCUUCAACAAGGCCAUCCACAAGGCGCAAGCUGGGUGGAGAGACGUUGUCUCCAAAGGCGCGCUCUGGGGCAUUCCCACUCCUGCGUUCAGCACCGCUCUGAGCUUCUACGACGGCUACCGCGCCAAGGACCUGCCCGCCAACCUCCUGCAGGCGCAGCGCGACUACUUCGGUGCCCACACCUUCCGCGUCAAGCCAGAAUACGCGAGCGCAGACUAUCCCGAGGGCAAGGACAUCCACGUCAACUGGACCGGAAGGGGAGGAAACGUUUCCGCCUCGACAUACAACGCAUAAGGGGUGGAAUACCUAGGUAGCUUGAGGUGCAUUGAACGGCAGCGGUUCGCUGCCCGGUAUUUGCGUGCAAAAGUCUGCAUAUAUGAAUAAACAAGACUGCCCCUGUCUAGAGUAAAAG